AUGCUCUUCAAUGCUCUUUGCUUAUACAUCAGGAUUUGUUGGAAGACAUCUUCCAGCAACAUUCCCCAAUGCGAGAGAGAUGGCUUGAGGCUAAAGACUUGCAUGUAUGUUUUUCCACGCCGUUGGUCCUUUGCCAUACCCUUUGGUAAGAACAUGUUUUUUCUUGCGUGUGCUUGGAAAGGGUGGAGUUUGAACGUUUCAGCCACUGACAUUGCAGAUGGCAGUGACUGCUUCGAGUUUGCUGGCAAUGCCUUCACAAUCAGUGGAGUUGCAACCGACAGCCUGAAGGAUGGAAAAAGUUGA